UUGUGAUUUCCACUAACAAGGCCAUCUUUUGCAGAACAGGGGUUGGUCAUGUCUUCAUAUAGGAGGACUACCAACUUUGCUUUUAUCUUUUGAUUAUAGGAAGGAGUUCCUAUGGAGAUUGAAAAAGAGAUACGUUUAGGCACCCACAUGCAGCAGCAGCAUGCAUUGCAGAGCAUAUGCAUGAAAUCACAGUGGGUUUAUGCAGUCUUUUGGAGGAUCCUCCCCAGAAACUUCCCUCCACCCAAAUGGAAUACUGAAAAGCAAACUUGUAACAGAUCCAGGGAAAAAAACUCAAGGAAUUGGAUGCUGGUCUGGGAAGAUGGAUUUUGUGACUUCAAUUGUGGUUUGCAGCCUGGCCUGUUCUUCAAGAUGACCCACGAAAUCUACAACUAUGGAGAGGGUAUAAUGGGCAAAAUUGCAGCCACCCAGGGUCAUAAAUGGAUAUUCAGGGGCCAACCAGACCAUCCUGAAAUCAACGUUCUAAAGAAAUCUGCAUAUUCUCAUCCAAGAACAUGGGAAGCGCAGUUCCAUUCAGGCAUCCAGACUAUUGCUCUGGUUGCAGUAAGAGAGGGACUCCUUCAACUGGGUUCCACCUUAAAGAUCACAGAAGACUUACAGUACGUGAUUUUCCUUCAAAAAGAAUUCUACUACUUACACACAAUUCCUGGAGUCCUUCCACUCCAUCCAUCUUCUCAAACAUUUCUGGCACAAAACACUUUUGCCAAAGCUCCAUCAAUGGAAUCAAUGUGCACUACUCAAGGUGAUAUAGAUAAAAUGUUAUGCCAGGAUUCAAAUGCCCAAGAAAACUACAGGCCUCUACAACAUAUGAGCUUAGAACCAGGAUUCAAUCAGGGCUCCAAUUUCCAAGCUUGUAAUGAGAGUCUUAAUAUAGCUUCUCAUGAGCACCAAGAUCUAUAUUCUCUGGUCAAUUGUGUUCCGGGUACAGUGGUCCCUUCAAUGUCAAGUCUACAAGCCCUACUGUCCACACUUCCCUCUGUAACUCCAUCCUCUUCGGCUAUUCCAUCCUACAUGCAAUAGCCAGGGGAAGAGAAUAUGGAUGUCAUAUUACUCAAUAAAUACAGAUGUGUCGAAUAAAAUCUUCUAUGGUUGCUUUCUUUGA